UCGUCUUUAAAUAUUUAUUCUAUAAAGUCUUAAUUGUAGGUGGUAGCGCAUUGAAGGCCUUUGAUGCCAUUAAAUGCUGGUUAUCUCAAAAGCAAGACCAGGACACCCAAUUUUUUUUCUAGACUUGGAAUCAGCAUUAAAUUUCAAUUCGGAAAAUCGAAGUUUAAAAAAGUCAGUGCAUCCGGCACUCCAGGAUCCAGAAUCCAGGAUCUUGAAUUUACGCACACGAAAGCGAGGCUGACGAGUUUAUUUUUCGUUACGUAGCAACUCAAAGUAGAAACAAAAUGGCGGACAAAAUGGCGGACAAAAUGGAGUAAAACAAAAACUUAAAGGGUUUCAAAGCAAAAUAAUGACUUUAAGAAGCAAUAUAUUCCAAGGAAUUAAUCGAGAAUAACUCUAGGAAUAKAAUAAAAUUCUGUCUGUGGGUUUUAUUUACCCUUAAAAGAGCUUAAUCAUGGAAAAAAUGGCUCAAGACUUCAACGGUGUGAUGACAAAUGGAGCGAGACAACCRACUAACAACGCGAAAAGUGACCCUUUUGCACUUCCAGGGAUCGAUGAGAAUAAACUACGAUCAAGGAUUUACUGUAAACCUCAGUUAUCUCCGUAUUCCAAGGCGUUGAAAUUUUCUGGACCAACGCCAGUGCAAGAAAGAAAGAAUAUUCCUACAGCACCAAGACUUGAACCCUUGCCAAACCUUGCAAGGUACCAAGAAAGACAAAAGAAUCUUCCAGCUUCAAUUUUAAAGAAAAAGAGCCCAUCCCCACCACUGACUGGUGAACCUGAUAAGAAGAAGACCUGUCGUAAGGACUCAGUUGAACCACUGGAUCGCACAUCCUCACCCUUGCCUAUGCUCCCUGAGGAGCUGAAGCAAAAACAGCAGCAAAUAGAAGCAGCGGCACAAGCAAGGAGCCAGAGACUGCCGACACCCCCUAAGGAAGGUUCAACUAAGCACAGGGGUAGAGUAAGCAUACAGUCCAAACCUACCAUCACACAGCCACAAGACAACUUGUCGCUAGAGGACAUAAGAGAUCCUCUAGAAAUUCUGAGAUUGAUUCGGAAGAAUCCAAAACUGGGGUUCCUCUAUCUAACCCCUGCAGUAGAUAGGUCAUCSAUCGAGUACAACCCUUACAAUGUCAAGAUUGUGAGGCACUCAGACAUYAACCACCAGGACCACUCUACCAUAAGCUCAGAGGGAGUUACACAUGUCUAUGAUAAUGAGGCAGAGUUCACGUCCCUUGAGAGAUGGGAAAAGGAAUACCUGGACUACAAGAGGCUGGUCAAAAUACCAACAUUUGCGAACUUCAGAAUGUGGAAGGCUUUCGUUGUCUGGAGAAAGAAUGUCAGGACUAAAAAAAUCACUCACUGUAGAAACAGCCUUCAAGAGAACUUGUUUAUUGUGAAUGGUUCUCUGAGGCCAGCUCUACUAAAUGUGAGGGAAAUGUGCUAUCGUAUCAGUGACAUGGGACUUUGCAAGGUUGAAAAGGGGCAUACCUACACACUGGACGAAUUCAGGAAUGCUCAGUUUCAACAGCUUGAAGAGGUUGCAGGGAGGCUUGCAGAAUUUAGAGACCUUGUUAAAGAAGUUGUGAGAAGUGCAUGCCGAACUGCUCUYCUUGAGGCAGGGUUUACACCAGAUGACUAUUUCAUGGAUUUGGAAAGUCCUUCUGGCAUGUAUGGAGAUGAGAUGGACCCAUCUGGCAUGGGACAGUCACCUUCAUCGUACAUGAUGGCUAAUGGUUAUGAAAUGGAUGUGUAUGGUGAUGCACCAGACAAGAUGACCUACACUGAGCAAGCUAACAAGAGAAGCCAUUGCAGAAGACUUACAAGCUUCAUACGCCUUGCCGACUACCUUAUCGUUAACACCAUGCAUGUCCUAGCUGUCAAUUCAGUCGCAACCAUGUUGAACUAUCUUGAAGAACAGCUUCAGCAUGCACCAUCAUUAGCAGCAAUACUGGGGAAAGAACAAGAGGAGAAAGAAAAAAGCGAAGAAAGUGACUCAGUUGAGUUAGAAAAAGAACAAGUUGAGCUGGUUCCUCUCUACACCACAGAACUCUUAAUGGAACCCCAAGCUCUGCUCUUCUUCCCCGGUCUUGAUGACUUUGAAGAAGGUCUGGGUGAGGUCAUCAAGAGGUUCCAGGAUGCUGUUCUCAGUGUGAUGAACCUAGUUCCUGAUCCUUAUUUUGAUGCUUUCACAAGACCUAUUAUAAAUGGAAAAGUUGAAGAAAAGACAGUUGGUGAAGGACCAAGCCUUAGCACCAUGUUUGAAGAUGAUAGACACUUACAAAAGAUCAUCCAGAGUAUAAGGGAUGCCAUCUCCAGUGCAUAUGACAUUGCAUGGCAGUAUGCCAACACAUUUGAACCCUACAGGCAGUUCUAUCAAGAGAAUGAAAGUCUUGAUCUGGAGGCAAUCAGAGAGCAAGAACAUGAUGUUGAGUUUUUCGCCACAUCACUGGAUAAGUACACCAAGGAGCACGAUCAAGCUGUGGCUAUCCAAGAAAAGAAACCUAUUGGAAUGAUACUCUGUGAUCUGAGGAAACUCAAGGAAGUGUUGAUACCAUCUCCACUUAAGUGUCUGGAGGUGAUCAAUGACAUCCUGCCAAAGUUGGCCAAAAAGAAAACAGAUGAAUUGAUGAAGUUUUGCCAAGACGCACAGUUUGAGUUGGAGUUUUUGCCUUCGAGUACAGUAGAGUAUGUCAAGACUCUGACAUUCCUCGAUGACAUACAGGAAAAGAUUGAUGAUAUCGAACAAGAUGCAACAACUAUCAAGGAAUUGUAUGAGUUAAUCGAUACGUACAAAGUUCCCACGCCACCAGAAGACUUGGCUGUUUACCAGACUUUAAGACCCACCGUGACGACAGUGCGUAAUGUGAUCGACAAGUCUCUCGCAGAGAGGGACGCCAACAUCGAUAAGUUCUGCACGUGUAUGGAUAAGGACAUUUCACUCCUGGGGAAAGAAGUCAAAGAGGUCAAACAGAAAGCCCAGGACCCAAAGAUCUUGGAUUCCAGCUCCAAACCUGAAGAUGUUCAAGACUAUCUCAGAGAACUGCAGGUCAAGAUGGACGAACURCAAGAAUUAGCACAGACGUAUAAGGCUCACCAGAAAAAAUUCAAGGUGGAGGUUACGAAAUAUGAAGAGCUUGAAAUCGUUCAUAGCGAACUUAAACUCAAGCAGUCUUUGUGGAAUUCCCUGGUUGAAUGGGAUGUUUCUAAUGAUGAAUGGGUCGAGACGCCCUUCAACGAGGUGGAUCCUGAAGCCCUCAACACUAGCGUCAUGAAGUACGUCAAAACAGUAAUGCAACUUGAGAAGGGUCUUCCUCCCAACUCAGUGGUACCGAUUCUUAAAGAGAAAGUAGACGCCAUGAGACACAAGCUUCCUGUCAUCACAAAUCUUCGGAAUCCAGCCCUCAAGCAGCGCCACUGGGAUCAGAUCCAACAGAUAUUUAACUAUCACUUCAAGGAAGAAGAGCCUCUAACUAUUGGCCUCUUAAAUAAAAUUGAAGCGUUUGAGCACACUGAAUCGAUUGAGGAGGUGUCUGGACAGGCAUCGAGCGAAGCAUCCCUGGAGGGAAUACUUAAGAAGGUGGAAGAUUCGUGGAAGUCUACAGAGUUUAUAGUUCUUCCUCACCGGGAUUCCAAGGAYGUGUUCAUUCUUGGUGGUGUAGAUGACAUCCAGGCUGUUCUCGAUGACAGUACGAUCAAUAUAUCAACCAUAGCAGGAUCACGCCAUGUCGGACCCAUUAAACCACGAGUAGAAGACUGGCARAGACAGUUACACCUUUUCAGUGAGACAUUGGAUGAGUGGAUGACAUGUCAACGAAACUGGCUGUACUUGGAGAGUAUUUUCAGUGCUCCUGACAUCCAGAGGCAGUUACCUGCCGAGGCCAAGAUGUUCAUGACGGUGGAUAAAUCAUGGAAGGAGAUCAUGAGGAAAGUCUACAGAUUACCCAAUGCUCUGCGGGCUGCCACUCAACCAGGUUUGCUAGAGACGUUCCAGAAUAACAACGCAUUACUGGAUCAGAUUCAAAAGUGUCUUGAAGCGUAUCUCGAGUCUAAAUGUGUMAUCUUUCCAAGAUUCUAUUUCUUGUCCAACGAUGAACUCCUCGAGAUUCUUUCACAAACUCGUAACCCACAUGCUGUUCAACCACAUCUACAGAAAUGCUUUGAUGCAAUUUCGAAGCUGGAGUUUGGAACAGCAGUUCAGGCACCAUCUACUCCUCAAGACAAACCAGUCUCGCCCAUCGAAAGACCUGCAUCUGCCAGUAAAACACAGAUGACCAAUGAUAUUCUUGSGAUGAUUUCACCUGAAGGGGAGAAAGUCAGCCUUGGAAAGGGUCUGAAAGCAAGAGGCAACGUAGAGGACUGGCUAGGUAAAGUAGAGGAGAGUAUGGUGACAUCUUUGAGGCGUCUCGCCAAGGCUGCAAUAGCUGACUAUGAAUCAAGACCAAGAGAGGAAUGGGUUACUCUACACCCUAGUCAGAUUGUACUGACAAUAUCCCAGACCAUGUGGUGUCGUGAUAUCACCGAGGGUCUGACUUCAGAUGGUGAYCGCUUAGAAGCGAUGAAAGAACAAGAAAAUAAAUCCUUUGAGAACCUGAACAAGCUUGCUGCCCUUGUACGUGGUGAGCUGCCCAAACUGACUCGUAACAUAUUAGGAGCUCUAAUCACCAUUGAUGUGCAUGCUAGAGACAUCGUGUCAGGCUUGGUGGARAAAAAGGUUGACAGUGAUACGACGUUUGAGUGGGUAAAGCAGCUUCGUUACUACUGGGACCCAGAUCUGGAUAACUGCGUCGUGCGCAUGUCUAACUCUAUGUACAUCUAUGGCUACGAGUAUCUCGGUGCUUCACCUCGUCUGGUCAUCACUCCUUUGACUGAUCGUUGUUAUUUGUGUCUAAUGGGAGCGCUUCAACUGGAUCUUGGCGGUGCGCCUGCAGGACCAGCUGGUACAGGCAAAACUGAGACUACCAAGGACUUAGCAAAAGCUCUGGCUAAACARUGCGUCGUAUUCAACUGUUCCGAAGGAUUGGAUUUCAAGAUGAUGGGUCGAUUCUUCUCUGGUUUGGCCCAAUCUGGUGCCUGGUGUUGCUUUGAUGAGUUCAAUCGUAUCGACAUCGAGGUGUUGUCUGUCAUCGCGCAGCAGUUACUAACCAUUAGGAACGCUAAAGUCAAUAAGGCUUCUCGCUUCAUGUUUGAGGGUCGUGAGAUCAAACUAGUUCCAAGUUGUGCUGCUUUUAUCACYAUGAAUCCUGGUUAUGCUGGACGUACUGAACUACCUGAUAACCUGAAGGCUUUGUUCAGACCSAUGUCUAUGAUGGUGCCUGAUUAUGCCUUGAUUGCUGAAGUCAUCCUGUACUCAGAAGGUUUUGAGUCCUCCAAGAACCUGGCUCGUAAGAUGGUACAGAUGUACAGACUCUGCAGUGAACAACUCUCACAACAAGACCAUUAUGACUUCGGUAUGAGAGCUGUCAAGUCUGUGCUGGUCAUGGCCGGUGCCCUUAAGAGAGGCAACCCCGAUCUGAUUGAAGAUGUAGUGCUGAUCAGAGCUCUAAGAGAUAGUAACUUACCAAAGUUCUUGUCUGCAGAUGCCAUCUUGUUUAGGGCUAUUUUGUCKGACUUGUUUCCUGGAAAAGAGAUUCCAGAUCAUGACUAUGGCAAAUUACAAUCAACCAUUGAGGACUGUAUGGUGGCUGCUAAACUACAGCCUUUACCAUCCCUUGUAAAGAAAGUCAUCCAGCUUUACGAGACGAUGCUUGUUCGUCAUGGUGUCAUGUUGGUGGGACCAACUGGCAGUGCGAAGACAACCAACAUGAACAUGUUGAGAGACACACUGACCAGUCUUCAUGCGCAGGGUAUUGAUAACCCUGACUAUCUACCGGUCCACACCCACAUCCUAAAUCCUAAGUCCAUUACCAUGGGUGAGCUGUACGGUGAAGUCAAUAAAUUGACAAUGGAAUGGAAAGAUGGACUAAUGGCUCUUAAAGUCAGACAGUGUGUACAGGAAACCACUCCAGAUCACAAGUGGAUUAUCUGUGAUGGUCCAGUCGAUGCUCUGUGGAUCGAGAACAUGAAUACCGUACUGGAUGAUAACAAGAUGCUUUGUUUGGCCAAUAGUGAACGUAUCAAGCUGAAUAACACCAUCCACAUGUUGUUCGAGGUGCAAGACUUGGCCGUUGCUUCACCAGCCACCGUCAGUCGUUGUGGUAUGGUGUAUAUGGACCCUAAAGAYCUUGGAUGGAGGUGUUAUGUUAAGUCAUGGAUGGAAAGAUCCUGCGAGAAAAUGAAGGAAGAAACAAGGAUCCCAGGCUCUGGCGACCUUUACAGUUACUAUGUGGACUUUGACACACGACGCUUGGAACCCUGGGAGAAAAUUAUCCCAUCCUUCAAGUACAGUAACGACAUUCCCUACUUUGAUUUGCUGGUGCCCACUGUGGAUACUGUGCGCUUUGGAUUCCUGAUGGAGAAACUACUAUCAGUCAACAAGUCUGUCUUGUACACUGGUACCACAGGAGUUGGCAAGUCUGUCAUUGCCAAGGGACUGCUGGAUGAUGUCUCAGAAAAAUCCAAUAUUGUAGCAGUCAUGUUGAACUUCUCCGCUCAGACCAGCAGUCAGAGAACACAAGAAAUGAUUGAGUCAAAGCUAGAAAAGAAACGAAAGAAUAUCCUUGGUGCUCCUAUUGGAAAGAGAGUAGUCAUAUUCGUAGAUGAUCUUAACAUGCCCAAGCUAGACACGUAUGGAUCUCAGCCACCUAUUGAACUGCUCAGACAGUACCAGGAUUUUCGUGGAUUUUAUGACCGUGAGAAACUGUUUUGGAAAGAAAUUCAGGACAUGACCAUCUGUGCUGCCUGUGCCCCACCAGGUGGGGGUCGCAACCCUGUCACUCCUCGAUUCUUGCGUCAUUUCAGUAUGUUCUGUAUACCAUCUGCUGCUGAGCACAUCCUCAAACAUAUCUUCAAGUCAAUUGUUAGUGGCUUUCUCUUGGACUUUCCAAGUGAAGUCAGAGAAUAUUGUUUACCUAUCCAUGGUAGGCUUGCCUGUCAUAUGUCYACAUACAGGUGCUUUCAGAUCGAGCUGACCCGUGGCUAUGAUUACUCAUCGUUCCGUGAAGAUCUGAAACAGCUAUAUAACUAUGCUGGAGUCAAGGGUGAAAACACAGURUUUCUCUUCACAGAUACACAGAUUGUGGUAGAAGAAUUUCUCGAGGAUAUCAACAAUAUCCUGAACUCAGGAGAGGUGCCUAACUUGUUUGAGCCCGAAGAAUAUGAACAGGUCUUGAAUGGAACUAGACCACACGCAAAGGAAGCUGGGGUACCUGAGGGAGACAGAGAUGCUGUAUACAAUCAUUUCAUCAGUCGAGUACGUAGCAACCUGCACAUCGUGUUGUGCAUGAGUCCAGUUGGUGAUGCUUUCCGUACUCGCUGCAGAAUGUUCCCAUCUCUUGUSAACUGUUGUACCAUUGACUGGUUUACUGAAUGGCCAAGGGAGGCCCUGCUGUCUGUGUCUACGAACUUCUUCGAAGAAGUUGAUCUGGGAGCUGAAGGAGUCAAGGAUCGUGUCGCRGAGAUGUGUGUAGAAAUCCAUACAAGUGUAAGCUCAAUGGCUGACCGCUUCUUUGCUGAACUGCGCAGAAGAUACUACACUACUCCUACCAGCUACCUGGAACUGAUCAAUCUGUACUUGACUAUGCUUGAGGAGAAAAGAAAACAACUGACUGGCGCACGAGAUCGAGUYAAGAACGGUCUAAAGAAGCUGCUAGAAACUAAUGACCUGGUCGAUAACAUGCAAGUGGAGUUGGUUGCCCUGGAGCCGCUACUCAAACAGAAAUCACUUGAUGUUGAAAAACUUAUGGAGAAGCUACAGAUUGAUCAGGAUGAAGCUGACAAAGUUCGUAAAGUUGUUCAAGCUGAAGAAGCCGUCGCAAAGGAAAAGGCCGACGAGACCCAGGCUAUCGCGGCUGAGGCGCAAAGGGAUCUGGACGAAGCUUUACCUGCGCUUGAGGCUGCUAACAAGGCCUUAGAUUCUCUUGAUAAGAGUGAUAUAUCCGAGUUACGUGUCUUCACCAAGCCCCCUGAGCUGGUUAUGACUGUCAUGGAAUCUAUCUGUAUAUUACUGGGUACCAAGCCUGACUGGGCUACGGCCAAGACYGUUCUUGGUGAUGGUGGUUUCCUGAAGAAACUGAUGGAAUACGAUAAGGACAACAUCCCAGAGGCAACUUUAAGAAAACUUAAAAAGUACAUCGAAAAUCCCAAGUUUGUGGUUGAGGUUGUAGAAAAAGUCUCCAAGGCUUGUCGGUCCAUGGUAAUGUGGGUGAGAGCCAUGGAUCUGUACGCCAGGGUCUACAGAACUGUCGAACCCAAAAAGAAAAAACUGGAAGCUGCGCAGGCUGAGUUGGAUAUCGUAAUGUCUACUCUGAAAGAGAAACAAGACAGUCUGGCAGAAGUUGAAGGAAAGAUUGCUGAACUACAAGCUGCUUAUGAUAACAGCAUCGCAGAGAAAGAAACCCUGACCAAGAACAUCGCUACUACUGCUAACAGACUAAAACGAGCCUCUAAACUAACCACUGCUCUUGGUGAUGAGCAGGGCAGAUGGACCGAGAACGUAGCGGCGUUCGAGAAGGAGAUCGGUAAUGUGGUGGGGAACGUAUUCGUUGCUGCAGCCUGUGUUGCCUAUUUUGGUGCCUUCACUAACAUCUAUCGCAUUGAGCUUAUAACAUCAUGGAUAGAACGUUGCAAAGACCUCGGGGUUCCUGUGUCCGAGGACUUCAGUCUAAUCAACGUGUUGGCCGAUCCGUACGAGAUCAGACAAUGGAAUGCCGACGGACUUCCGAGAGACUCUGUUUCAAUUGAGAAUGCAAUUCUUGUGACAAGGGGACGAAGAUGGCCACUUAUGAUCGACCCUCAGGAUCAGGCUAAUCGAUGGAUUCGAUCCAAGGAAGCCAAGAACGGUCUGAAGGUCAUCAAGCUAACAGAWAAUAACUUCUUACGUACGCUAGAGAAUUGUAUUCGUAUUGGUAUGCCUGUGUUACUGGAAGAACUGGGAGAGACUCUUGAUCCUGCACUGGAACCUAUACUCCUCAAACAGACCUUUGUACAGGGUGGACGUCUUCUUAUUCGUCUGGGUGACAGUGAUGUUGACUAUGACAAGAAUUUCCGUUUCUACAUGACAACCAAGUUGUCCAAUCCACACUAUCUACCGGAAGUCUGCAUCAAAGUCACUAUCAUUAACUUCACCGUUACUAAAUCAGGCCUGGAGGAUCAGCUGCUCAGUGACGUUGUGCGUCUAGAGAGACCAGAUCUUGAAGACCAACGUAACCAGCUGAUUGUACGAAUCAACUCUGAUAAAAACCAACUGAAGGCCAUCGAAGACAGGAUCCUAAAGUUACUCUUCAAUUCUGAGGGGAAUAUUCUGGAUGAUGAGGUUCUCAUUAACACGUUGAAUGAGUCCAAGGUGACGUCGGGUGUGAUCAGCAAUCGACUGAAAGAAGCCGAGAAGACAGAAGAGAUGAUUAGCCAGGCCCGUGAGAAGUACAGACCAGUGGCUACUAGAGGCUCCGUCAUGUACUUCGUAGUGGCUAGUCUGGCUGAAGUCGAUCCUAUGUAUCAGUAUUCGUUAAAGUACUUCAAACAGCUUUUCAACACGUGUAUUGAGAACAGCGAAAAGACAGACGAUCUCGACAAGAGACUGGAAAUCCUGCUGAACAACUGCACAAAAACAGUUUACGUGAAUGUGGCAAGAGGUUUGUUUGAGAAACACAAGUUGGUUUACUCGUUCAUGUUGUGCGGAGAUAUCAUGAGACAGCAAGGAAUCGUUACUGAUAUCGAAUGGAACUUCUUGCUGAGAGGAAGUGGCGGCAUGGAUAAGGAAAGACCUCCCAAGCCUGAUGCUGCUUGGUUAACCGAUGCCAUGUGGAACAGUUGUUGUGAUCUAGAGGAUAUGAUACAUUCAUUCAAAGGUCUAAAGGAGGAUUUCUUGAAAAWGCCCAUUGCAAUCUCCAUGGGAAACAUUACGGUUUGUCCCAAUGCUGCUAUAAGAAGUGACGAAGAAGAAGAAGACAGUGAUUCCAGUGAUGAAGAGGGAGAAGAAGAAGGAAAAGAAAAGAGCUGGCAGGAGAGACUAACGAGCUUUGAAAGAUUGAUUUUUAUCAAAGCGUUUAAAGAAGAAAAGGUGAUAUUUGCAGCUGUAGAUUGGGUUUCUGAAAACCUCGGCAAGACGUUUGUGGAGAGUCCAUCCAUUGACUUACCAGUUCUUUUCGAAAACAUCUCUCCUUCCAUCCCUCUGAUCUUCAUCCUGUCAACAGGCUCUGAUCCAAUGAAUGCUUUCUUGAGGUUCGCUAAGGAUAUGAGCUACACCGAUAGGAUCCAAGCCAUUUCACUUGGUCAAGGUCAAGGACCAGUAGCCGAGAAGAUGAUAGCUAGUGCCACUAAGAAUGGAGAUUGGGUCUUUUUACAGAAUUGUCAUCUUGCAGCAUCUUGGAUGUUGGCCAUGGAGACAACCGUUAAAGAAAUUACGUCACCGGAUGCGGAUGUACACGAUGACUUCCGGUUAUUCCUGAGCUCCAUGCCAACCAAGUCAUUCCCAGUAACAGUCCUCCAAAACAGCGUCAAGGUUACUAAUGAACCUCCCAAAGGUCUGAGAGCGAACAUGAAGAGGGCUUUUGGAGAAAUAACGUCUGAUACGUUUGAAAAUCACCUUCUUGGUGUUAAUUGGCGAAAACUCGUGUUCGGCGUCUGUUUCUUCCACGCCAUCAUCCAAGAGAGGAAGAAGUUUGGCCCCCUGGGUUGGAACAUCAAGUACGAGUUUAACGACCCCGAUAGAAUGUGUGCUCUAGAGAACCUUAAGAUGUUCCUUGUCGACGAUCAAAUACCUUGGGAUGCACUGACUUUUAUUACUGGAGAGAUCACAUAUGGUGGUCGCGUCACAGACGCAUGGGAUCAACGUUGUCUUUCAACCAUUCUUGGACGAUUCUUCUCUCCCCGCAUUCUAGAAGAUGGCUACAAGUUUUCACACUCCGGCAUCUAUUUCCCGCCAGGCUAUGAUACAGUGAAGGAGUACAGGGAAUAUAUAGAGAAUCUUCCAAUCAGUGAUGAACCCGAAGUGUUUGACAUGUACGAGAAUGCUAACAUCGCCUUCCAGACCCAAGAGACCCAUCAGUUGGUAUUUACUGUAUUGGAGGUUCAGCCMCGCUUGGCCAGUAGUGGCGGAGGGAAGACUAACGACGAGAUUGUAUACGAACUUGCUGACAGYAUUUUGUCAAAGUUACCUGAUGUACUGGACAUGGAAAAGGCGGACAAAUCUCUCUUUAAGACCGAUGACAAAGGUAGAUACAACUCUUUGACAACAGUCCUUGGUCAGGAAGUUGAUCGAUUCAACACCUUGCUCAAAGUCAUCAAAACCUCUCUCAAUCAACUACAGAAGGCUAUAAAGGGUUUAGUUGUCAUGUCCCUAGAACUGGACAUGGUAUACACCAGUUUCCUUAACAAUAUGGUUCCCACUAUGUGGUCAAAUGCGGCUUACCCGUCUCUAAAGUCUCUAGGUUCAUGGGUCAAGGACCUGGUACUCAGAUGUUCCUUCAUUGAUCAAUGGAUCAUCCAUGGUCCGCCUAAAUCCUUCUGGAUAUCUGGUUUUUUCUUCCCUCAAGGUUUCCUAACAGGAGCGCUACAAAACCACGCCCGUAAAUACAACCUACCAAUAGAUCAACUUUCAUUUAACUACAACGUGCUACCGCAGUAUCGAUACCAAGAAGAGGUAGCUGAGGCGACGGCGAAGCUUGAGUACGGACAGACCCUACAAAUGGACGAUGAGAUGGAGGUGCCAGAGGACGGUGUGCUUGUACAUGGACUGUACUUUGAUUGCGCACGAUGGGAUGACGACAGAAUGUUACUAGGAGAUGCUGAAUAUGGAGUCAUGAAUCCGCCAUUACCUAUGUUACAUAUGGAGCCUCAAAUGAACGUGGUACCAGACCCCGCCUUGUACAAAUGCCCUCUGUACAAAACGUCCGAGAGAGCUGGUGUACUAUCAACUACAGGUCACUCGACUAACUUCGUCGUUGCUGUGUAUUUACCCACCGACUCCCCCCAGUCUUACUGGAUCGAGAAAGGAACUGCAUUACUUUGUCAGUUGAAUGACUAACUCUUUGAAACCCUACCUGAUACUUGUCUGCAGAUAUGUAAAAAAAAUAUUCGAUUUCUCAAUUUUUUCGCCUGUAUUUUUCAUACCCGAUAUGAUGCUUAUCAAUGGCACUUUGUAAAUAUAUUCGGCGUGUUAAGAUAUUUUUGGGUUUUUUUUCUCUGUUUUCGAAUGAAGUGUGGUAAUUUGGUGUUAUAUUUUGGAGUUAAAUCAGCAACGGUUUGAUACAUUCAUUUUGGUUUUAAAUAAACACUUUUAUUUGUCAUUAUUCAUGCAAAACAUUAGCGGUUUUAUUU